CGAUGCCUUCUCCCGUAGCGUGCAUCGUCGUUCCAAGAUGAGGAACUUUAACUGGGAUGCAAUCCCCCGUCAGUCAGUCCUUGGGAAGAAGAACGUGUGGACGUCCCAGAGCCAGAGGCCCAUGGUGGACUUUGAGCUGGACACCCAGAGGAUGGAGGAGAUGUUCAGCAGGUCUGACACUCAACUGCCGUUACGCAAGACUGGGUCCAUCAAGAAGACUGUCAGGGGCCUGUCCCGAUCCACACAGGGCCUGCAGAGGGUCUUAAUCCUCAACUCUAAGAAGAGUAUGAAUGUUGGGAUCUUUCUGAAGCAGUUCAAGAGGCCAUUGAGGGACAUUGUGGAUGACAUCAGAAGGGGGAACUGGCUGAGGUUUGGAGCAGGAAAACUCAAGGAGCUCUGUAAACUACUGCCAGAGGAGGGAGAGGUUAAGAAGCUACAGUCGUUCAGUGGAGACCUGACCCAGCUGUCUGAUCCAGACCUCUUCAUGGUGCUGCUGGUGAAAGUACCAGGCUACGAGGAGCGUCUCAGGACUCUGAUGCUGAGAGAAGAAUUCUUCCCCCUGAUGGAUGAGAUGAAACACUCCAUCGCUGCCAUGACUAAAGCAGCUAACGAGCUUUUGGUCUGUGAUGACCUCCACUCUAUCAUCCGGCUGGUGUUGAAGGCUGGGAACUACAUGAACGCUGGUGGGUACGCUGGCAGUGCCAUCGGUUUCAGGAUGGCAUCUCUACUAAAGCUGGCGGACACCAGGGCCAACAAACCUGGCAUGAAUCUCAUGCACUACGUCACCAUGCAAGCACAGGAGAUAGACGUUGCCUUGUUGAACUUCCCCGAGCAGCUUGAACACAUUGGGAUGGCUGCAAAGGUGCACAGGCAGGAGGUGGAGGCAGACUUUCAGAGGGAGGCAGAGAAGGUGAAGCAAGCAAAGAUGGACGCCAGCAGACAGCCUGAGCUACUGUUACAGAUGGAGACCUUCCUCACGAGGGCGGAGGCCAGGCUGGCUGACCUACAGGCCUGUCUGUUUGACCUCAACUCCCUGAGCCAAGCUGUAGCAGAGUACUUCUGUGAAGACCCAGCCACGUUUCAACUGGAGGUGUGCUGCUCCAUAUUCUCUUCUUUCUGUGAGCGCUUCAACAGGGCUGUUCAGGAGAACCGUGAGCGUGAGGCAGCCGAGCUGAGACGCAGGCAGAGGGAGAGGUUCUGUAACGUGGCCAAGCGUCGCUCCACUGCCACCUGCUCUGACCUGGACCCCCACCUAUGUCUGGAGGCCUCUGGCCCUGGUUCCGCAAUGGAGUCUAUCCUCCACAACUUCCUGACCACCAUACGCCCCAGGGGUCUGGCAAGGCGCAGACACCACCACCACCUCCCCCCCGGGAUGUUGUCCCCCAUCGGGGGCUCGCCCAUCGAGCCCUGCCCCCAGUCCAACCCCCUGGCUGAUGAGCCAGAGACUGGAGCUGGACCAGGGUCUAGGCGUUAUGCCAGCCCAGGAGGGAGCACCCUGGGUGGGGAGGCAGGUGUGCUGACACCCCUGAAGGACCAGGAGGACCAGGGGCAGAGGGAGGAGAAGAGUGGAGAGGGCUGGCCCAGAGAGCUGUGUAGCCCUGCUGCGGUGAUCGAGAGGUUGGAUGGGGAGAUUGAGGAAGAGGACUAUGACUCCUAUCUGGACCCCAAUUCAGAGAUGUGUGAGCAGGAGGAAGAGGAGGAGAAGGAACACGAGGGGGAGACGGCGACCCCUGUGGACCAGUGGAGAUGUUUUGGGUCAAAGAGAGCCUCGUCCAUUGACCAGAAACUGACCCCUAAGAGCUGUGGCCGCCGCAGCCUGUCCCCUCGCCAACACGCACCCCACACCCAGAAGGAGGAGAGGAGAGUGGGCAAGGAGGAGAAGGAAGAGGUGGAGAGGAUGCGUGAGGUGUCCAGGAAGAUGCUUCACUACCAGACCGGCCGAGGCAGGCUAUCUGGUGACCUACAACAUCCUGGACUGCCAGAGUUGGGCGGCACUACCCCUCAACGCGCCACACCUCACCUUCUCCACCCCCGCCCUGUCUCUCAACCCUCCACCCCAGGUCAUCGCUCCUGCCCUACCCCACAGCCCUCCACCCCUCGCCACAGGGAGAUGAGAGAGGUAGACCUGGCUCUCUAUAACAGCAUGGGGAACCUGGGCUCCCCCUGGACCAUCCUCAGCCCCAGCGUCUCUCCCCAAAACCACACCCCGUACCACACCGCCCACCGACGACACUCCUUCUCCGCCCCCAGUGCCGAUGAUGGCCUUGACGACGGCGUCUGGUCAUUGCCCCGCACCCCCACCCGCCCUUCCACCCCUACCCACCCUUCCACCGCCACCUGCCCCCCUCUGGUGCUGCUGGGGAGGAUGAGGGCUAUGGAGGGGCACCCUGGACCCUCAGACCUCCAGGGAGAGGCAGGGAGGGGGCCCAUGUCCCUGCCUGACUGCCCCAGUCAGAGAGCUCUGUCCCAGGGCCCUGUGCUUCGCUCUCUCUCCUUGGAUGAGACUGGAGGGAGCCAGGCUCCAGGAUUAAUCUUCCGCCUGGGGGACCUGUUCCAGAGACGCAACGCACUGUUGGCCCCGGCUGUGGCUGGGGCUGGUGGUGGUGCUAGGGCUGGGGCUGAGAUGGGGUUUGCUACAGAGGCUCUGAAACCCUUGGAGAGGCAGAACAGUAGCUCUGGGAUUGUGUCUUUCUUCAGACGCUUUGGGGAGCGGAGACGAGCCAGCUUGGAGGAACAGGACUCCAGAGGAACAGAUACUUAACCAGGGAAGGAGGGAGGGGAGGAUGGGGGGGGGAGGGUUUGUGUAUUUUUAGAAAAGUAUUUGUGUUGAUAUCAUUUUAUUUAAAGUGAGCUACUCCUAUUUGAGAGUGUGACCGCUAUUUUAAUGAACAGCCCAAGGUAAACAUGGACCUUUCUGUCUCUGUGGGGCUGGGAGAAGGCGUAUUGUUUUAAAACUGUUCCAAAUAGUACCCUAUUCCCUACAUAGUGCACUACUUUUGACCAAAGCCUCACAGGCCCCGGUCAAAAGUAGUGCACUUCGUAGGGAAUAGGAUGCCAUUUGAGAGGCACUGUAAGUGAACCACGUAUGCACCUCACGCCUCUUUUUUUUUAUUAUUCACAGAUCAGAUAAAAAUGGUCUUUGUACAAGACAAAAUACAGUUCUCCUUCAAUGUGUACACAAUCUCAGGUAUAGUGUGGAACACAUGGGGUACAACAGAAUAUACUACCAUCACCAUCUUUUAAUUAGUUAUCUUAAGUGUCGUAUUUUAUGUAAUAAAGUGG